CUGCAGAGCAGUAAGCAAUGGCGGCAGCGGCAUCUAAAAGGGCUCUCGUGGUGCUGGCUCAUGCCGAGAGGACAUCAUUCAGUUACGCUAUGAAGGAGGCUGCAGUACAAGCACUGAAAAUGAAUGGCUGGGAUGUCACUGUAUCAGACCUUUACACCAUGAAGUUUAAUCCUGUUGUUUCGCGAAAUGAUAUUUCAGGAGAUGCUAUCGAUCCAGACCACUUUAGUUAUCCAGCAGAGGCAACGCAGGCAUGGAAAGCAGGCCGUCUGAGCCAAGAUAUUGUAGAAGAACAAAACAAGUUGGAAGCUGCUGAUCUGGUGAUUUUCCAGUUCCCUAUGUAUUGGUUUGGACUUCCUGCUAUCCUCAAGGGCUGGUUUGAUCGAGUUUUAACCGGUGGAUUUGCCUAUACCUAUCAAUCAAUGUAUGAUAAUGGGCAUUUCAAGAAUAAAAAAGCUGUUUUGUCCUUUACUACGGGGGGCAUGGAAUCCAUGUACACUCCAACUGGCAUUAAUGGUGAUAUAAACGUAGCGCUGUGGCCAUUACAGCAAGGCAUUCUGCAUUUCUGUGGCUUCCAGGUUCUAGAGCCCCAGAUCUGUUACAGCAUUAGCCACACUCCACCUGAGAGGCGCUCUGAAAUCCUGGAGGCCUGGAAGGCUCGCUUGGCCAAAAUCUGUGAAGAAAAAUCAAUAAGCUUUGUUCCCAAUGAGAAUUUUGACCUGUCCUUUCAAGGAGGAUUUGCACUGAAGACAGAGAUAGCAGAAGAGUGCGCCAGUGACAAAUUUGGGCCAAGUGUUGGACAGCACAUGGGCAAACCUUUGCCUCCUGAUAAUCAGGUGAAAGCUGGCAGCACCAGGCUGUAAGCAUGUAGCGGUGUGUGCAGGUUGGUGGUUAAUAAAUGUAUGUUUUCUACA